UUCCGGAGUCUCGAAACCGUCCAUUUCCGGCCGCCCAGGAACUUCGCUGGUAGAGACGCAGACGAAGCGCGUAACUACGAAACAAAGGGUGACGCCGACAGCCGUAGUCAUGGCGGCGACGCAGCCUAGCCCGGCGGCCCAAAGCCCCGCAGCGCCGCCCGAGCAGCAGGAAGGAGCCGGCGACUGUGAGGCCCCGAAGUCCGACUCCUUGAGCUCCCCGGCCCCGGAGCUCCCCGGCGCGCUCGCAGCUUUGAAUGCGGCGCCGCAGGCUGACGCCGCCCCGCGCCCCGGCGCCUCUCGACCGGGCCCGGAGACCUUUCGCCAGCGCUUCCGGCAGUUUCGCUACCAGGAUGCGGCGGGUCCCCGGGAAGCCUUCCGGCAGCUGCGGGAACUGUCCCGCCAGUGGCUGCGGCCCGACAUCCGCACCAAGGAGCAGAUUGUGGAGAUGCUGGUGCAGGAGCAGCUGCAAGCCAUCCUACCCGAGGUGGCCCGGGCCCGGCGGCUGCGGCGCCGUGCGGACGUGCGCAUCACCGGCUAAGUGGCAGAGCCCGUGGCUCCCUGGACUGACACCCUACCCCGAGUUAAUAAAAGUUGAAUUUUGACAGCU